CGGAAAACGACACAAACAACAGCUGGAGCUUUGGCUUUCCUUGACAUCUCGCUGCAGAUUUAUCGACAAGGAUCACAGGGAGCAGAAUGGCCUCGGACUGGUUGGGUAGCGUUGUGUCUAUAAACUGUGGACUGACAUUGGGAGUUUAUCAGGGAGAGGUGUCAUCUGUUGAUCAUGCCAGCCAGACCAUUUCACUGAGACAGCCUUAUCACAAUGGCGUAAAGUGUCCUGUUUCAGAGGUCACGUUCAGUGCCAUGGAUAUCAAGGAGUUGAAGUUCCUAGAUAUCCAGAAUACAGUCAAGAAGCCCAGUUCUCGUGAAGGAGCUGCAAAAGAACCCAGCUUCACAUCAGCAUGGCGCCAGGGCCAGAGUAACAGAACCACUCACCGUCAUAUAACAAGCAGCAGCUCUCAUUCCGGCACUACACCAAUCACAAUCCUUCGCAGAGCCCCUACAGGUUCAUCUAACAGUAGAGGGGUGACACAGGCCACACCAAAGAAAAGCAGCGUAAGGAAUGGAGGCACUGGAGGGCCAAUGAGGUCAAAGGAUGACGAGUGCUUCCGAGAUGGUACCGAUGAGGACCUGGAUACUGACUUUGACUUCGAGGGAAAUUUGGCUCUGUUUGACAAAGCCGCCGUCUUCUCCCAGAUUGAUGGGACCAGCAGCCACAGUAGCAGGGCACAGCAUCACAGCACACAGGCGGAACAGAAGCCGCUGUCCUAUCGCCACGAUGAGAAUAUUCUGGAGGGGAAGCCUGUCAUAUACCGACAGAUUACAGUGCCCCAGCAUGGGGGGAAAGAGUACUGUACAGACUCAGGCCUGGUUGUUCCCAGCGUGCCCUAUGAACUCCAUAAGCGUCUGCUAGCAACGGCAGAGCACUGGGGCCUGUCUCUGGAGCGCAGGCUGGAGACGAUAGGUGUUUGUUCCAGUCAGAUGGCUCUAACACUGCUUGGUGGACCAAACAGACUCACCCCAAAAAACAUCCACCAGAGGCCCACUGUGGUUCUCCUGUGUGGGCCCCACCUCCAGGGAGCCCAGGGCAUCAGCUGCGGCAGACAUUUGACCAACCACGAAGUGGAGGUCAUCCUUUUUCUGCCCAAUUUUGUUAAGAUGCAUGAAUCAGUCACCCGUGAGGUCAGCCUCUACAGCAGGACCAAUGGCAAGCAAGUGGCCAGCAUCAAAGACCUUCCUGCGAGCCCAGUUGAUCUGCUCAUCAACUGCCUGGACUGCCAUGAGAACCCACUGCUGAGAGAACAGCCCUGGUACCAAUCAGCCGCUGACUGGGCCAACCAGAACCGGGCUCCAGUCCUCAGUCUCGAUCCUCCAGUCAGCACGCAGCGUCAGACUGUUGAGGCGAAGUGGACUCUCUCUUUAGGACUUCCACUACCUUUAGCUGAGUCAGAGAGCAGGGUCUACCUCUGUGAUAUUGGCAUCCCUAAGCUGGUGUUCCAGGAGGUUGGAAUCGGCUACCACUCACCCUUUGGAUGUAAAUUUGUCAUUCCUCUGCACCCAGUAUAACAUAUCAUCCACUCAUUUCACAUUACACUUAGGUGCAAGUGCACAAUGGGAAGACAAUGCCUGCUUUUCCACAAUGAGUGUAAAGUACUAUUGCACCCAUUUAUGUGGCAACAAUAGGACCAAAACAAUAUUCUGUUAAAAAUUUUAUACAACUUUAUGACAUGUUUGUGAGCAUCAUCUGAAAGACUGAUCUAUGCAUGUGCUGUAGGUUUUGUCUUCGUAUCCUCUGGAAACUCUCAGGGGUUACCGCAUGUUGCGUGCGGCACCUCUUGUUUUUGAGAGGGAAAGGUUUCCUGUUCUUUGGUGUGUUUUGAUAAGGGCUCUGUGACUAUGUGAAUAUGUUUACAAAAUGCUGACCACUGUGAGUCUAUCUGUGACCUCUGCCCCUGUGACCAGUCAGAGCAGCAGAGACUCAGUUCCUGUUUCCUCCUUUAGAUUGCAUGUGGAGUCUGGUCCUGACCCGAUGAACUGGAGGACAGCUCAGACUAUUUUCUUUUCUUUCUUUUUUCUUUCUUUUUCUUUUUCUUUUUUUUUUUACAAACACAAAUGGGUGCGUGUUUUGUCUGGUAAUGGUUGUAGCAUGUUUAAAUGAAAAGAUGGCAUUAUACAGAAUUUAUUUUUGUAUGUAUUUUUAAAUACACCUCUGGCAUAAUGUAUGAAAAUUGAAAUGUGAGCGGUGAUUGAUACGUUUGUGGCUAAAGGUAGAAGGAGAUGACUUAUACAGCUCUUGUUACAUGCGCGCUCAGUUCAGCUCUUUGAGUGAUUAUGCAGAAGGUUUGAAGUUGAAAACCUUUGUGGUAUUUCUGUUACGGGUGAUUGAAAAUUGGAAAUCAGCACUUUCUGAGAAAAUGGACCACAGCCUUUGUGCAGUCAUCAAGGGCUAAUCACCCAAGGAGGUCCUUGGCCUGGUUUGACCUGAUGUGGCACCCUCAGACUGCUACUUGUUCUCCAAGAAGGAGAAAUAGCUCCGUGGCCGCCAUUUUGACAGUGAUGCUGACAUCAUCACUGCUGUGGACCACUUUCCAGAGGUCCCAGAUGGCAACUUCUACAAAGAAGAGACUAAGUGUGUAAAUGUAGGAGGGGACUAGGUUGUAAAAUAAAUUGCUAGGUCUACUAAAAAUGACUCCUUCUACCUUCACAAAUUUAGCAAUCCUCCUUCAGACUUCAUAUUUGCAUUUACAGUUCAUUUGAUUGCACUCUUUCUGCACUGUUGGUUUUUUUGAAUUCAUAACCACUGACACUGAAAAAGAGAAGUGGUAGCAGACACCCCAGAGGAUUCAUUUUCUGUAUUUCUGAAGUCCUGCAGACUACACAGGAAUUUGAAGCACACAUUCCAAAGACAAAAAAAAAUUGUGGACCAGGGAUUAUAACAGGGUAAGUGCAGUGAAACCUGAUUAUUAAACAUUUGGAUACAUCAGAUUCAGCCACAUACAUCAGAUUCAGUGACUUUGCCACUCCAAACAACUUCCUGCUGUUUGGUCAGCAUUGUGUUACAACUUUGGAUCAACAAAAUGUCAAAGUUAUAUAAAACAGCCUUAUUUUUACUGGCAGCUAUGCACUUAUAAUCACUGGGAGAUAAUGGAGAUCGGGCUUUUCAAAAGCUGUUCAGCCCUUGACCCAUGAACUUCUUUUCCAACCACUACUUCCAGCAAAAAAGUGAAAGUAACAAAAUUGUGGUCACAAGUUAUAAGUGACAGCUUUAAUAGGCUUUACAGGGUUCGCACUUAACUAAUGUCUACAUUUACUUCAUUCUUUAAUGUAUUUUAGCAAACAGCAAUCUUUGGACACAUUUCUUUUAACGCUCUGUUUGCUAAUGUGUGCUUGAAGGGUGAUCAGUUUUGGUAAACUCAAAGGCAAUGGCUGUUCUGCCAAAAAUUGUGAGAAGGAAUCAAGGACUUUGUGGCAAGACAACAACUGCUCAAGAAAUGUGAGAGCUCGCUCAAAACCAGAAACUGCCCAAAACCAUGUGUGAAGAGUUGGUGGGGAGAAGUUGAAUGGAUUAAACUUAAUACACUGGUGCUUCUUUAAAGUUUGAAUUAACUGUUCUGAAUAUUAAUGCAAAUCACAUAUUUAAAAUUUGCCUGAGAGCCUGCACUUCAGAUAAAACAGUCCAAAAGACUGCAGCCUCUUUUCCUGUGCUUACUCAUAACCAGUGCAGCAAGGACUAAAAAAAAAAACUUUUAUAUUUGAUUAUGACUUUGAAUAACUAAUCACGUUUUAAAAAUACCAUGCAGGUUUGAUUAUAGCUGAGGUUUUGGCUAAUUUUAUUGCCAACCUUUUUGGUUGUUGCUGGAAAACCUGCUAAUGUAAGCGCAAAGCACCAGCUUUAUAAGCUUGUUUAAAGAUAGCUAAUGGAAAAGGUGAUCUAAAACCUAUUUUUAAGUGUAUCUUUAGGUGUACAGUAUAUGUGCAAAGUAUUUAAAGCUGCAAAAAAUAUCUCAUUGAUAAACAUUCAGCCUGGAUCUUCUGUCAAAAUGCAGAUGCUCAGGUGACAGUGGGUGCUCCUUUAUAUGCAAAUGAAAUAAAAAAAGAAAAAGUC